CUAGGCUAGGCGACCAGGGCGGUGUCAAUGCACCCUCCAGCGGUGCGCGCAGGCGGGAGAAGGGAGGGCGGCCCGGGCAAGUGCGACAGUCAAGGCAGUGUCCCCACCACACCCCCAUCCAGACUGGCCACGCCGAGCUGGUUCUUGACAGAAGGCCUCGGAGGAAGAGGGGGCACAGCUGCACAGGACACCCUAGGGAGCCUGCGAACGUGGAACUUUGCCAGGCGCACGGGAACGUGCGCCCCUCCUGUCAGCCUCCGGGGCGCCAGGCUCCAGCGGCCCGCAGUGGAACAGCCUCAGCGGUGUGGGCUGGACCCAGUCGCUGGGGGUACUGACCAGUCCUGGAAGGCGCAGAGGACAUGGAGUGGGGAGACCGCGUCCCUAUAUGCGAAGGGCCAGCCGGGCACGCAGUCCUCAGACCCUAGUCCGCACCCGGCAGGUCCCCACGGCACCUGCUGCGCCCUCCCCGCGGCUUCCCCAAUCUCCAGCCUUUCCACCUCCGAAAACUACCAGUCCUCUCCCGCCUCCCCUCCCCCGCCCCCCCGGCGCCCCUUUCCCAGGAACGUGCGGAGGCGGGAGAAGAGGAAGACAGGAAGGGGGUGGGGAUGUAGAGAGACGGACCCAGCCUUCCCCGCCCGCCACCCCCAUCCCAACUCGGCAGCCGUCACGUGGUGCCUGGAGUGGGAGGUGGGGAGAAAAGGCGAGACUUUUGUGGGUGCUCCGGAUCGCCAGUAGUUCCUUCAGUCUCAGCCGCCAACUCCGGAGGCGCGGUGCUCGGCCCGGCAGCGCGAGCGGGAGGAGCGGAGACGCGCAGCCAGGAGCCCGAGCGCGGGCGAUGCAUGCGCCGCGAGCGGCACCUGCGGCUCCUCUAAGCUACGACCGUCGUCUCGGCGGCAGCAGCGCGGGCCUCAGCAGCCUCGGCAGCCACAGCCGCUGCAGCCGGGGCAGCCUCCGCUGCGGUCGCCUCCUCUGAUGCGCCUACCCGCUCCCGGUCCCGGGACUCCGGGAGAAUGUGGGUCCUAGGCAUCGCGGCAACUUUUUGCGGAUUGUUCUUGCUUCCAGGUGAGAAUGCCCAGAGGCCAGCAGCCGGCGCCAGGCUUUGCGCUGCAAAUCCAGUGCUACCAGUGUGAAGAAUUCCAGCUGAACAACGACUGCUCCUCCCCUGAGUUCAUCGUGAAUUGCACGGUGAACGUUCAAGACAUGUGUCAGAAAGAAGUGAUGGAGCAAAGUGCCGGGAUCAUGUACCGCAAAUCCUGUGCGUCAUCAGCGGCUUGUCUCAUCGCCUCUGCCGGGUACCAGUCCUUCUGCUCGCCAGGGAAACUGAACUCAGUGUGCAUCAGCUGCUGCAACACCCCUCUUUGCAACGGGCCAAGGCCCAAGAAAAGGGGAAGUUCUGCCUCGGCCCUCAGGCCAGGGCUCCCCACCACGGUCCUGCUCCUCAAAUUAGCCCUCUUCUCGGCACACUGCUGAAGCUGAAGGAGAUGCCACCCCCUCCUGCAUUGUUCUUCCAGCCCUCGCCCCCAACCCCCCACCUCCCUGAGUUUCUUCUGGGUGUCCUUUAUAUUCUGGGUAGGGAGCGGGAGUCCAUGUUCUCUCUUUGUUCCUGUGCAAAUAAUGAGGCAGUGUAAAGCAUUCUGAAUAAAUUCAGUCUGGCUGAAUUGUCAGUAUGUACUUCAAGGAAGGAGGUGGAGUGAAAGUUCACCCCCAUGUCUGUGUAACCAGGGUCAAGGCCAUGCUGGCAGAGUCAGCCCUUAGAAGUCACUGAGCUGGGCAUCUGCCUUUUGCAAAGCCUCCAGUGUCCAUUCCAUCCCUGAUGGGGGCAUAGUUUGAGACUGCAGAGGGAGGGUGACGUUUUCUUGGGGGAGGAGGGCCAGUUCCCACUCAAGGCUCCCUCACUUGACAUUCAUUCAAACUUCAUGCUCCUGAAAACCAUUCUCUGCAGCAGAAUCGGCUGGUUUCGUGCCUGAGUUGGGCUCUAGUGACUCGAGAUUCAAUGGCUGGGGUUCGGCCUCACUCUGAAAAGUGCUUAAGAAAACCUUCUUAGUUCUCCUUGCAGAGGACUGGCGCCAGGACGCGACGAAGAGCAGCGGGCGCUGCAUGAAGCGGGCGCCGUCCGUGGAGGAGUGCGCGUGGGCGCGCAGGCGCUUCUCGUGGUUGGCGUGCUGCAGCGACAGGCGGCAGCACAGCACCUGCACGAACACCCGCCGAAACUGCUGCGAGGACACCGUGUACAGGAGCGGGUUGAUGACCGAGCUGAGGUAGAAGAACGUGUCCGAGAAGGGGAGGAGGAUCAUGUACGCCCGGAAGUAGGACCUCGUCCAGUCGUGCUUGGGUUUGGCUGCAGCCAUGAUCCUCCGAAUCUGGUUGGGCAUCCAGCAUACGGCCAGUGUCACAACAAUCAGCCCUGGGCAGACACGAGCAGGAGCGGAGAGACAGAAAAGAGAAAAAUACAGCAUGAGAACACAGUAAAUAAAUAAAUAAAACCAUAAAAUAUUUAGCCCCUCUGUUCUGUGCUUACUGGCCAGGAGAUGGUACCAAUUUUUUCAGUGUUGGACUUGACAGCUUUUGCCACAAGCAAGAGAGAAUUUAACACUGUUUCAAACCCGGGGGAGUUGACUGUGUUAAAGACCAUUAAAUGCUUUAGACAGUGUA